AUGACUACCUCUCAUAGUGACUCGCCUUCUUCUUCUCACAAAGAUACUAAAGCAGAGCGACUUGCGUUUGAAGAAAAGGUUGUGAAUGAAGAAUACAAGAUUUGGAAGAAAAAUUCCCCGUUUCUUUAUGAUCUGGUUAUUACUCACGCACUUGACUGGCCUACGUUGACGUGUCAAUGGUUUCAAGAUAUUGAUAGACCUGAAGGGAAAAAUUAUUCAAUUCAACGAAUACUGAUUGGUACACAUACAUCAGAUAAUGAUCAAAAUUAUGUACAAAUUGCUCAUGUACAGCUACCAAAAACUGAUUCAUCUAUAGAUGUUCAAAAAUAUGAUGAAGAAAAAGGAGAGAUAGGUGGAUAUGGUAGUGGAGCAACAGAAAGUAAACUUACAAUAGUUCAAAAGAUUAACCAUGAUGGUGAGGUCAAUAGAGCACGAUACAUGCCACAAAAUCAAGACAUAAUUGCUACCAAGACAGCUAAAGGAGAUGUUUAUAUAUUUGAUCGAACAAAGCAUCCUUCUAAACCUGUUGCAGAUGGGAUAGCUCAUCCAGAGUUGAAAUUAAAGGGACACACGAAAGAAGGAUAUGGUUUAUCGUGGAACCCUUUCAAGGAUGGAAAUAUCAUUGAUGGAUCUGAAGAUAUGACAAUUUAUACCAAAACUAUGGAUCCAAUUCGUGUUUACAAAGGUCACGAAGCUUACGUUGAGGACGUUGCAUGGCAUCCAAUUAAUUCAAGCAUAUUUGCUUCUGUUGGCGAUGAUCAAAAACUCCUUGUCUGGGAUAUACGUUCAGAUAAAGAUGAUAAACCGGCAAAUUCAAUUAUUGCACAUCAAAGUGAAGUCAACACAUUGUCAUUCAAUCCGAAGAAUGAAUAUAUUUUAGUGACUGAAAUCGUUCAAGUUGAAUGGUCACCACAUGAUGAAACCAUUUUGGCUUCUGCAUCUGGUGAUAGAAGAGUUUGUAUUUGGGAUUUAAGUAGAAUCGGUGCUGAACAAACUGCUGAAGAUGCUGAAGAUGGACCUCCGGAAUUAUUGUAUAUGCAUGGUGGACAUACAAAUAAGAUUUCUGAUUUUAGUUGGAAUCCACAUAUACCAUGGGUUAUUGCUAGUUCUGCAGAAGACAAUAUCAUUCAAGUUUGGCAACCGUCAUCAAAUAUUUAUUCAAUUGACGAGAGAGAAAUUCCACCUGAAGAAUUAGAGGAUUAG